UUUGUUGUUUGGGGGUUUCAAAACAAAAGCUGUUUAUUGAAUUUUUUUUUUUAGCUUGAAAUUCAGCUUUUGGAACGGGCAAGACCUCCCUUUAACAGAUGGCUCAGCAGUUGUAAGAAAAUUCUUCACCGCUGAAAAGCAGCAUAAACAAUUGCUCUCAAAGACUGUUUGUUCUCCAUUUUUAAAAGCCCGAGUCCGAGUCAUUGGCUGCUGCCUCCCUUCCUCCUCCUCGUGCCUCGGAGCAGGCGAUGGAUUUCUGAGACUGACAAGAGAAAAUUCUUGUCACUUGAUGGACACCGUAUUGAGAGGGCCACUCCUAUUAGAUCUGGAGGGAUUAGCAGCCCAUUGGCAGGGGUGGUGGUGGUGGGAACAGGGCUCAGUGCUCCCUGUUGGCACUCCCGACCUAAAGGAGAGGCAGGCAGGCAGGCAGGCAGGCUGGACGGGAAGGCUCCGUGUUCUUCCAGAGCCCUGCCUCCAGGGCAGCAGUGCUGUUCUCCGAACACUGGCCAAUUGCAGGAUUCUCUGAGAUGGAGGGAGAGCACAAUUUUCUCAGCUGCAUCCAGGGCUUAAAUGAGGCCGGAUUUCACAGGCUUUCAGAUGGGCUAGCUUUUGAGCAGAACUUGAUUUCUUUUUUGUUUUGGGUGGACUAGGAGUGCACAUUUAAUAAACCUGAGCAGGCAGGCUCCAACCAUUAUAAGGAAAGGAACCAAAGCAAACCAAAGCAGGAAACAUGUCAUUCUAGCAGCUGAGCAGAUUGAUUUCCAGAACAUCCGGAUCAUGUCACAGUUCUACCAACAGUGCCUCGGUUUGCCUGCCUGUUUUCCCACAUUCCCUCCAAAAUCGAUUCAGUGUGCUGGUUUUCAGAAGAGGAAACUGAGACUCAGUGAAGUAAAGUGACUUGCCUGUGUUGAAAUAGCUGGGCUUUGCCUCCCAAGGCUUUGGACAGAGGCAUCACUCCUGAUGAGCUGAAGAAGAUCAAAGUUUCAAAGCUGCCUGCAGUGUUUGUUCCUUGACUUGGAAACCUCUGGAUUGUGCAGUGUUUUUCGCUGGUGCACCUGCCUGAAAUUUUCAAGCCGGUCCAACUCGGGAGAAGCUGCUGGACCUUGUUCUACCGUUGAUCUGCGGCAGAGAACAUCCCCAACUUCUCGUUAGCGGCAGCGGCAGCGGCAGGCGUCCAGGGUUCUUGGGACUCUGGUAUCACCUUGACUUUUGUGUUGUAUUUUGUGCCACUGUCUGUAGUUCCUGUGAUCUUGGGCCUAGUGGGUGUAUCUUGCUUUGACCCAUCUCUCUCUGAGCAAGUCAGGGUUCCCCGUCAGCUCACACUUACAGAAUGGCGAGCAGCAGCAACAGCUGCACUAAUAAUAUCCUCAGUUCCGAGUUUAUUGUUGGAGGAAAAUAUAAAUUGAUCAGGAAAAUUGGGGCCGGCUCCUUUGGAGAUAUCUAUCUGGCCAUCAAUAUCACCAAUAAUGAAGAAUUGGCUGUGAAGCUAGAAUCUCAGAAGGCCAGACACCCACAGCUGCUGUAUGAAAGCCGGCUCUAUAAGCUUCUUCAGGGUGGGAUGGGCAUUCCCCGAACCCGCUGGUAUGGUCAGGAGAAAGAAUACAAUAUCCUUGUCAUGGAUCUACUUGGGCCUAGUCUUGAAGACCUCUUCAAUUUCUGUUCCCGUAAAUUCACGUUGAAAACCGUCCUGAUGUUGGCUGACCAGAUGAUUAGCAGAAUUGAAUAUGUUCAUACAAAGAACUUUAUUCACAGAGACAUUAAACCAGAUAAUUUUCUGAUGGGUAUUGGGCGCCCUCGAAAUAGGGCUGCUGGAUCUGCAGCAGGAAAGAGAAAAAGAGGCGGGGCAGCUGCCAAUCGGGCUCAGGACCCAUCUUUUUCAGGAUUAAACCAGUUAUUCCUUAUUGACUUUGGUUUGGCUAAACGCUACCGAGACAACAGAACGAAGCAACACAUACCCUACCGAGAAGAUAAAAAUUUCACUGGCACUGCCCGGUAUGCCAGCAUCAAUGCACACCUGGGCAUUGAGCAGAGCCGUAGAGAUGAUGUAGAGUCCUUGGGCUAUGUCUUGAUGUAUUUCAACAGGAGCAGCCUGCCCUGGCAAGGAAUAAAGGCGGCAACCAAGAAGCAAAAGUAUGAAAAAAUUAUUGAAAAGAAGAUGUCCAUCCCUGUUGAUAUUCUGUGUCAGGGGUUUCCAACAGAAUUUGCCAUGUAUCUCAACUACUGCCGUGGCCUUCGCUUUGAAGAAGCACCCGAUUACAUGUACCUGAGGCAGCUAUUUCGCAUCCUCUUCAGGAGCCUGAGCUACAAGUACGACUUCAUGUUUGAUUGGACACUGCUGAAGCAGAAAGCAGAGCAGGAGCAGGCAGCCUCGUCCUCGGAGCAGGGACCGCAGACCCAGCCCCCUCCACCACCUAAACAGACCAAACCAAGAAGAGUAACCAGAAGAGUUUCCAAGCAAGAGGAGGAGCAGAUGAAGUAAAGCUGACGUUAGAUCCAGAGUGCAACUUGUUAUUCCCCAAAUUAGUUUCAUACAUAUUCUUGCCAGUGAUUGUGGGCAACCAUUUAUUUGUGGAGAAGUUACUUAAUUUCAGCAUAAUUUGGCUGGUCAACAUUCGUGAUGAGCUAUAGCCACCGUAACUGUUAAUACAUUAACUAUAAAUGUUAAUAUUGAGGUAGUGAACCAUGGUUUUAGUUUUCUAUUGCGUUUUUUUCCUAGUGAAAAGUUACUUAAAUGUUUGACGUUCAGGUGGUGGAAAAUUGUGCAUAUGACAAUUUUUGAUAUCUUUUCUUUUGAACCUUAAUGUUUUGAGAUCUUGUUUCAGAAGUAUAGCCUAAAGUUGCCAACUGCAGUUGUUAUAAUUGUAAAUGCUCAUAAUUGUGCACUCUUGGGGUAUUUACCCUCCUUGAUGUUUCAAAGUUGUAAACGUAAACAUUCUUAAAAUUGUUAACUUCAAUGUGCAAGCCAGCCAACAGGGUAGCAACCAAAGAUUUCAGUUUUUAAGUAUAUGAAAGACUGUGCCUGCUUACUGUGCUAGAAAUAACAGCAUUUAAAGUGAAGAUUUAAGAAAAACUUAGUGACUACUAGAUAUCUUUAGGAUUCCACAUUAAUGCUAAUGUUCUUGGUUUAAAAAAGAAAAGCAGUAUGUUUCUCCCAGAAAUUUAGUUAACAUCCUAGAAAUGAACAUAUGUGCAAGUUGCUUAGAUAAAUGUUAAGUACUGUGAACUUCUCUAUGACCUGGAAUUAUGUUUUGAUUUUGAAAUUGAAAAUUGUUUGCUGUGAGGAAAAUACUUAAUAAAAGAAAAAAUUGCUUUGCUAAUUUACUUUGGAAUCAAUCUCUUCAAUGUUUAAAGUGUUUCUUGACUAUUAUUGAAUAAAUCAUUCCUUUGCAAAUCA